CCGCUCUUAUGCUUCUUCUAACCUUAAGUUUAUUCUCCUCUUCUAAUCCGUCUCUAAAAAUCCUUUGAUUCAAUUUCUAUCUCAAUUUGAUCUGUUUUUGCUUUCUUCUUCCACAAGUUAUCGAUCAUCCUCCUUCGAUCUCCGACGGUCUCGUCGGCUAGCUAGACUUAAUGGAGGGAGACUCUAACCGGAAGCCUAACGCUAAUGAUUGGAGAUCAAUGCAUGAGCCUGAUCUAAGGAAAAGGAUUAUUUUCGCAAUAGUGGAAAAGUUGAAGAUAUGUUUUCCUAAACAUAGCCAAAAUGAUAUUAACAAUACCGCUUCCAAAUUUGAAGGAAAGAUCUAUGGCAUGGCCACAGAUAAGAGUGAUUAUCUGAGGAAAAUCAGUGAAAAGAUAAUGGUUUUCGACAAAAAGUUUAGAAGUGUGCAAUCUGGUUCUUUAGUCAAUGAAACUAAUACUCCAGAUACAGCUCAAGCUCUGAAUCAAGGGCCAUCAGUUCACACCACCUUGCCAUAUAUGCAGACUCCAACAAGCCAACAACAGUUUCAUCAAUACAGCAAUCUCAACACUCCUGCGUCUUCUGGCUUCUCAACUCAAGUCCCUAUAACCGUUUCCGCAGCUCAGAACCUUAACAUUCAAAUGGGUGAAGGAGUUCAUGGAAGGCAACAGCUUCUCCCUCAGCCUCAGCAGCAGCCACAGAGUUAUGACGACAUAUUUCAGCGUCAAAAGGAUGCUCAGCAACAUGCAUACAUGCAGCAACAUGCUCAGCAGCAGUAUCACCAGCAAAGUCCGUUAAAACCAACUGUUCAGCAUCAGUUGCCUCAUCACACAUCAUUGUCUACUAUUCAGUCCUUUCCUCAACCCUCUUAUCUCUCUAGUCUAACAUCAUCAGACCAACAAAACUCUCAGUACUUACCAAGACAUCAGUUUCCAACACAGAGAGUCCAUUCUAGUCAUCAACAGCAGAUGGCUGUGCCGUCUCAGGCACAGACACGAGAGGAACUCAUCAGUCAAUUGAUGAAUGGUCAAGACACAUUCCAGAAUCAUCUAACAUCACAGCAAAACAACUGGGAGCAACAAGGACCUUUUACCCUACCAUCGACUCAUCAGAACAAUAUUGCUAGCUUUCAAGAUAAUAACCUCCAAAAUAUGCACCAGCAACAACGCCUUUAUUCUCAGCCUGAUAAUGCUUCAGCCUUCCCCUCACAACAGCAGCAGUAUAUGCUACAACAAUACCAACCGCAGCAGCCUCAGCAUAGAAUCUUACAGCAAUACUUGGAUGACACACAAAGGUUUCAAGCAGCAGCAUCUCAAGAUUCUGCAGGCACGACUGCAAAUGCUAAUGGUGAGGACUGGCAGGAGGAGACCUAUCAGAAGAUAAAGGCUCUAAAGGAGAAGUAUCUACCUCUUCUGAGUACACUGUUACAAAAAUUAUCUGAAAAAUUGGGGGAGGUUGAUUCUCUUCCUCAACAAAAGAUGCAACAUGAGCCUAUUCAAAAGCUAAAGGAAGGCAAAUUAACGUUGGAACUAAUUAUUAUGUACUUAAAUGUCGGUAGGGACAGUAUAUCAGAGAGUCACAGAGAUAAGUUUAGUCUGUAUGAGGAACAGGUAUUGAGGUUCACCAAGAAUCAGCAUACCGUGACUCGGAGCCCAAUGCAGCACCAACAAUCCCCAAGUGGUCAUAAUCAGCACUCCAAUACCAGUCCAGCUCAGUCUAGUAUGUUUCAUCAGAAGCAGUUCCAUCAUCUCCAGAUGCAACACCAGCUAAUGCAGAGUCAGCAGCAGCAACAACCACAAACCAAUCAGCAGCAGCCUCAGAUACAGAACCAAUCUUCUCCUCAGUUGGUGGACCAGCUGAUUCUUCCUACAACAUUUCACAACACUGCAGGAACCUCAUCACAGUUUCUUGUCUCGCCUUUUGAAAAGCCAACAUCUGUUCACUCAGUUACUACCACUCUGCCUCUAGAUAUCAUACCACAAACUGAUAGCUACAAACUGCUCAGUAGCCUUGAAUCUGAAGCUGAUUCCACCGCAUCAUCUGGCUCUAAAGUUCACAAGAUUGAGCCUGGUUGUGCCCUCCUGCAAGAAAUCAAAGAUAUAAACGGGAGUCUUGUAGAGACAGUGGUAAACAUAUGUAAUGAAGAGUUUUAUCCAAGUGAAGUUACUUCAGGAACAAUUGUCACGUGUUCUUAUUCCCCUGUGGCUCUCAGUGACACACUUGAAGCUCAUUACAAGUCAGGACAUAUCUCACAGAUUCAGCCAUUGCGCUUACUAGUUCCUGUGAAUUACCCAUAUUCCCCAAUACUUUUCCUCGAGAAAGUCCCAUCUGACGCCAGUUUACACAAAUAUGGUGAUUUAUCUGCGAGGACCAGAUCGAGGUUUAGCUUGUCCAUGAAGGAGUUUUCAGAACCGAUGUCUCUUAAAGAUAUAGCUCAAGUUUGGGAUGUUUGUUCAAGAGAGACGAUGGCUGAGUACUGUGAGCGGCAUGGUGGAGGCACUUUCAGCUCCAAUCAUGGUCAUUGGGAGUCUGUUCUAGGAGCUUCAUGAGCUCUAGAGGUGGAAACUUAGCAGGUGGAGACGUUAGAGCCCAAGUUAGGUUUUCUUCUUUGCCUUGCGGUAGAAGAAACAUCAAUAUGUAUUUUUUACUAAGUGCAUAAUGUUUUAUAUUAGUCUGGAUCACACCCACAUAUUUUCAGAUUGGAUUUAGACUUUACAUUAUCUUGAUUUAGAAUGUUUUUUUUUACUGAAACUUGAUUUAGAUUUUUUCUAUCCAUUUAAAAGAUGAUUAUCUUGCCU